AAGAAUUCAACGCUUAAAGUACAUAGGAAGGAGUCAAGUGCAAGAAUUCGUCUGUUGUUCUUUUUCUUGAAGCGUUUUUUUGUGUAAAAGUAAGCAGAAGAGUCUAUACAUACGCCAGAAGAACACCAAGCAAUGAGGGUCUGGAAGAUGCAUAAAAAGAGUUCGUCCUUCUCUACUUUCCGCGUCGGAGGUUUUCUGUGCUGAAGACCUUCAUCCUCUCGACGAAGAUCAUGCCUGACAUCACGACGCCGCGUCCGGCGCCGGCCGGCUCCUCGUACGCAGCCGGGCGCUCCUCCCGUAGGGCGCGGUCGCCGCAACGUACGCCUUUCGGAAAUGCAACGCCACAGUCAGAGCACCGAAAGUCGCUCAUUCCCGGGAGCUCCGUUAAGCACCUCAGCGGGCGGAUGGCAAAGGUAUUUUUUCACAACUGCUUUGGUGUUGGUGUUGCUUCUUCGGUAAUGAAGAUGAACAUUGGGAACGUUGGUGAAGCGAUGCUUCCUUCUUCUAUUUCGUCACUUCAUGUGUUAGUGUUUGGAACUUUUUCUGUUGCCGAUGAAAAAAAAUAAAAUGAAAAUAGAUGAAGGACCCGCGACCCGUCUUUGACAAAAGUUGGAUGCUGAGUGCGGUGAAGCAGAUAACCACGUUCCUGACGUCCACCGGGUACCCGCAUUCCCUCUCGCCGAAAUUUAUCCAGGGCCCAAGCGGGAAGGAGUUCUACGGGCUCAUGCAGUUUCUGUUCGCGCAAAUCGAUCCCAACACGCCGCUGACCAAGAAAAUGGACGAGGAACUUCCAGAGGCACUCCAGCGCAUCAGGUAUGGAGAAAGUGAAAAUGGAAGUAAGUACAAAUAAUUUGGUGCACAGAGAAAAGUUCAAAUGAUACAACAUUUGCGUCGAAACUCAACUUGUUCGCCUGCGCUAUUGAACAUUCCAUCCCAAAACCUGCAAAAGGUAUCCGCUGAACGUGACGAAGGCCUCUCUUUUGCUCGUCGGUGCGCCCACGACGUGGCCCUCGGUGCUGGCCAGUUUGCACUGGGUGGUGGAACUGCUUUCCAUCGACAUGAAACUGAUCCAGCCUUAUCUCCGCGGCGAGGAGCCCCUGAUGCCCGUGAGCGCCCGCGGUGCGCCGUCGUCCGGUGCCCGCAGCAAGAGUUGGCAGGACCUGGAGUGGCGCCGCCGUUUCGACAUACUAGCGCGGACCUACAAGGCCUUCCUGCACGGACAGGACGAGGUGGUGCAAGAACUGCACGGGGAGAAGCGGGCCCAGGCGGAGGCCAUCCGCAAAGCGCGGGAAACGACCCUCAUCGAUUUGGCGAAGGAGAGGUAGAAAUAAACUUGUUGGAAAAUUAUAGCACAUCUUUGUUGCAAAGGUCAAGGGGGGAAUCCGUUCCAAUAAUUCGUUUGUCCUGUCAUUGCACCAGCAUCGAGAGUUUUUAGUGAUUUCAGAAAUUUCUAUCAACAUCGUUGCUGUUACCAUGUAUUCCUUUUCCCUAACCCUAUAGGACCGCGCUCGAAACUCGUCUCACGGAAGCAGAGAAGCGGCCCCGGCUGCCGGAAGUGAAGGACCGCGUGUCCCGGCUGCGCAACGAUUUAACGCGCAAGAAGACCAACCUCAGCGCGGAAAAGCGCAAGCUCGCAGAGUUGCAGGAUGCGUUGCGACAGCUGCAGGCCAAAGCGGACGUCCGAGACCGGGAGCAGCAGAAGCUCGAGACUGAGAAGGAGCGCUUGGAUAAGGUAUGAGAAUCUUACAACAGUAGAUGCACAGUUUCAAGUUCAACAUCAACAUGUAGGUAGCGAAGUUUGAUUUGCAAGGCGGUUCUCACCCCUACUGUAUUCGAUAUCGUGAUCGACCCGCAAUAUGGCAAUCUGGGCUCCUGCCAUCUCCUAUUACUUAUUUUCUUACGCGGCCUACAUAUCUAUCACUAUCAGAUCCUCCGCGACCAACCCAUCACGGUUGCGGAGCAGAAGGAGCUGCUGAAGGAGCGUUCGCAGCUGCAGGACGCCACGAAAACCCUCGCGAAGAAGGAGCUGGAGCUGACGGAGUGCGAGAAGUCCAACGAGGAGAAGCGCGAGGCGACCUACAAGGUCCGCGACGAGGCGCGCAACAAGUGCCGGCAGCACAUGGCCGACGGCCAGAAGUUUGAGGCGGCCAUGGCCCAGAAGCAGCAGGAGCUACAGGACGCGCAGGCGCUGCUGCAGGAACUCCAGAAGCAACGGGAGAGCUACUUGGAGAAGAUCGCCGUUCUCCGCGAAAAGCAGGAGCAUUCCGAGACCAACAAGGUGAAGCUGACCGGGCAAGUCUCGGAAAAGGAAAAAAUCUACAAUCGGCUGAAGGCGGACAGCGAACAGGAAGCUAAAACAGGAGUAUUCAACGUUUUUUGGUCUAUUUAGUUUGCUCAUUUGUCAUUUGUUUGGCGAUCUCAUGCUCAUCACCGAUUGGAUAUGGAUCGGAUUUUUAUUGUGCAGCAAUUUACUGUUCGCGAUGUGCUUGACAAAUUUGAAUUCAUUUUCAGGCCGCGGAACUGCAAGCGAAGCGCGCGCACCUGGAAAAAGUUGUGAAGCAGACCGAGGACCUGCGCAAGCAGCGCGAAAACAUCGCGGACCUGAUCCAGCAGCGACGGCGGGAGCACCGCUCGCUUGAGCGCGAGUUCCAGCAGGAAAAGCAGGAGGAAGAACGAAAAUUGCGGCGCAAGUGCCAAGACUUCCGGGACCGCAAGACGCGAGACGUUCGGCGGCUGACUCAGUUGGAGAGCAAGCUUUUCGCGGAGCGCGAGCGCAUCGAUCUUUUGCAGCAACGCGACUUCAACCUGCGCUACAUCAAGCCGGGGCGAAAAUCAAGGGAAGCGCGUAAGUCCCUAGACCGGAUCGCGACCGCAUCCGAGGUGCUGCGUGCCCCUGAGGCCGAAGUGGAGGCGCAUUUGCGACAAACGGUGCCGGUGGUCACCGCCGCGGAUCGUGCCUCGCGUUCGGGCCGGCCGCCGACCGCGCCGACGGUAAUUCUCACCGGCACCUCAGCUGCUACGUCUUCCUCCAGUCGCUUUACUGGUACGGGUGGUGGUGCCCCGAGCGGCUCCGGCUUGAACGUCAGUAUGAGAAGAGAACAACCUGCUGUCGUGGCCGACGAGCGAUGUCAAGCGAGCUUCGUGUCCACGACCUCGCAGCACCCCGCAGAGAUCAUGAUGCAGCAGGACGAAAACCAUAAAACCGCUUCGCGAAAUCCAAUACCCUUGUCGGUUCAGAUGAAGCAAGAAGCACCAGAAGACGACUUGCGCAAUCGGAUCGGCUCGCGGAUGGAUUUCGAAGACGACGACCUGGAGCCCGCGCCGCCCGGGUCCACACCGGCGCGCGGGCGGCGGAAGGGGUCGGAUCUCGGGGGUGCUGGUGCCGCAGCGCAGUCGAAGAUCGACACCUCUGGGUUGAACAUCAUGAACGUCAACGACCGGCUUUUGAAUCCAGAAGAGUCGCCCGUCCCGCAGUCCAGAUCGGACAUGCGCGCCAUCCGCGAAAACCUGUCGGAAAUGCAGCAGCGCCUCACGGGAGCGGUCGGCGCGGCUGGUAAUUCUAGUGCCUCUUCGAGUGCGAAGCCACCUGCUGCUAUUACGGGGCGGAUCCCAUACGGAAACGAUGAGGACAACUUUGAGCAGGUUCUGGAAGAGCACUCGAAGCGAGCCGCGGUCGGCGCUUCAUUGUUCAGCAAGCCAGAUGUUGAAGUAGCGCCACCACAAAUAGCCCACCAACAACGACCGGGAUCAUUCUCAGCGAGUGUGUUCGGAGGCACGUCCGCACAUCAUCCCCCCAUAGGAGCGCAAUCAGCAGGGAGUAGCGCAGCUGGGAGCACGUUUUCGUCCAACAUUUUCCGUCCGAGCGGACGAAGUGGACAACCCGCGACGUCGUCUGUGACGCACAAUGUCGGAAGCACCACUUAUGGUGGCAGUAGCAGCAGCACCGCUAGCAACAUAUUCGGAGCGGGGGGACCUGCGCCGGGGAAAUCUCUGUUCACGGGUAUACCGCUUGAUCCAGCUGCACGGACAGCAAUUUUUGGCGCUUCGGCAGCUGGCGGGAGUUCAGGCGUGUUGUCACAAACAAAUCCUGCAAUAGGUGAUCCGGGGCAUAGCCUGCCAGGCGCGAUUCCGAUGACUGGCCAACAUCCGCAUCAGCCCCCAGGGAUGAAGAAGGUUUCGCCAGAACGCGGUUCGUGGCUGCUAGACACGGACGAGAGCCACAUCAUGAACAAUUCCCACGACGCGCAUUUGGGGACAGGCCCUGGACUUUCCGUGCCGCCCACCCCGUUCGACCACGAUGUGCCCAUAGCCGCGGACUACCAGGCCCCCGCCGGUCCCACGCCAACGAAGCCGUCCUCGGAAGCGCUGCUGUCUGCAGAGCAGAUGCAAAACAGGAUCGUGGUCUCCGAGGACCUGGUGAAGCUGGUGAAGAAGCCCCAGACGCCCCCUGCGAAGCACGACGAAAUGCAUAGCAACUUGAACCAAUCGGUUCUGCGAACCCCGCAGAAUAACAACAACCACGGCAGCAGUUCCUUCGUCAGUGCCGCGGGGCAGCGGAUCGGCGCCGCCAGUGCGUCGCGUCUGCACGACCACAGUUUCAGCAGUGCCCAGGAGGACCCGAGUCGCGAAUUCCACGAGUUCUACCAAAACUCCAGGGUCUUCGCGUCGACGUCGGCCCGGAAACAGUUCGUGGACGGCACCUACUCCGGGUCUACACCGCUGAACAACCGCACUCCGGUGGCGAACAGCCGGUCCAUGGAUUUGCUGCCCUCCAUGCAGUUGCAGGUUGAUUCGCACCUUCGGCCGCACUCUUCCAGCCUGGACCACCAGAUACUGCAGCCUUGCUUCGAGAACAUUCCGGCCGACGACAACAAAAAUGCCUUUCACUUCCAGGCCUUGCAGCCGGGUGGCGCGGGGGCCGGAAAGGAGACGGAAAAAACCAAGGAACCGAUGGCGGAGCAGCGGGAAAGUGCUCCUUUGAGUGGGCAAAAUGUGAACAACUUGCAGAACUUCCUGCGGAACAGCGCUCUUCCACCGCUGGAUCCCGACGCAAAAAGCUCCUUCGGAGAUACCAGCAGUCAGUGUUCCACGAGUUUCAUGGGCGGCCGCACUGGGGUGUUUUUCAACGUGAAAGGGCGUCGCUACAGCGACGAACGAAAGAAGAAGCGGCCCACCAACGAAAACGCACCCCCGUCCGGCAAUCGAGCCUGAUGUCAUAGCAAGGACACUGAUUUUUGAGGGUCUACGCUUUAGUUUGCACUUUCUUGCUGCAAAGCUGCCGCCACAAUUUCGCACUUCUGAUUCCUUUCCCUAUAUCUUUCCUGUGUCGAAAACAAAACUUUAAACGACCCACGCAAUAAAGUCGCUCAUUCUUGAUCUUGCUUUAGAUCCAGGUGUGAGUGGUUUUGACCGAUAAGUUAGUUGACCUUCUUUUACUUUGUACUUCCUUCCUCUCCUCUACUAAACUCCUUCGGAAACCAGAGUACAGUAUAGUAUUCAACAGCUUCUUUGCUACCUUGUUAGUUGGAGCGCGGGUACUCAGGACCCGCCUCGACUUCGAGAAGAUCUAGAUUCACUUCGAUACGCUGUCUUUGUUCAUUAUCAUCAACUUCUGCUGAAAUUAAUACGAACACGGACGGAGUCUUCGUGUUGCGCCGCAGCUCGGACAGAAAAAGUCAACUUUCCCAAUGAAAAAUUGUGCCGCGACCGCAAUGACGGACGAAAAAGAAAGACAGAAACCCGCACCGGACUCUAACGAUAUCCAGGUUUGCGCCACGGAGAAAAAAGGUACGAACAU